AUGGGUUUCGGAUGCCUGGAAUCGCAUGAUGCUAUGGGAAUUCCUAUAAAUGAUUUAAAAAAAAAAGAAUCAUUAAUGGCGGCUUUCGGUACUCAUUUAAAAAAGAAAAAAGAUUUCAUGAGAUCUGGGACUGGACUUGACGAAAUCUAUACACCGUCAUGGCCGUUUUUCGAAGUCAUAGAAAGUUUUUUAAAAGAUGUAUACCAAUGCAACAGUGUUAUAAACACCGAAGAAGGAUUCAUUAUGGCGUUUCGUAAUGAUGAAGAGCUUGAACGGUACCUAAAUAAUAUGGUCGAGGAUGAUGAUAGUGAAACAGAGCCAUUAGAGGCGGAGGAGGCUUCUGAAAAUGAAGAUAACGUGUCCGUGCAUUCCGAACAAGACGACAUUAUUUCCGGCUCAGAUGAAGAUGAUGUGCCUUUGUCAUAG